GGUGGCGAUGCUCCUGUUUACUUCUCACUUCCGCCCACAAGAGAAGUAUCCCCGGGAGUGACGUCAUCACAUGGUGUGCACGCCCAUUCACUGGCAGAUGAGGCUCAGACAGUUCCCCGCUGCCAGCCGUUGAGAUGGCGGCAGUCGCGGUGAGGUCGCUGGCUGCAGCGGGCGGGCGAAGGCUUUUCCUGCUGUGCGGGCGUCGGCAGGCGGCCCUGACACGGUCACCCUGGUGCUCUGCUCGAACCUUAUCGGUUACCUCUGUUGUAAGAUCAACAGACCAGAAGUUUCCCCCACCUUUUCCAGAUGUCUCCCCGUCAGACGUGGCAGAGGAACAGAGUGCUUCACCUCCCAGGUACACGGACCAGGGAGGAGAGGAAUCGGAGGGUUACGAGAGCGAGGAACAGCUCCAGCAGCGCAUCCUCUCCGCUGCCCUGCCCUUCGUGCCUGAGUAUGGCUGGAGCUCAGAGGCUAUUGCAGAGGGGGCAAAGUCCCUGGAUCUGUCUGCAGCUGCAGCAGGAAUGUGUGAGAAUGGUGGCAGUGAGCUCGUCCUGCACUUUGUUUCUCUGUGUAAUAAAAACCUGACUGAACUACUGGAGCAAGAGCACAAACUGGUCCAGCUGGGCAGCGCUGAGAAGAAGCCAACAGCACAGUUUCUGAGAGAUGCAGUGGAGUUUCGGCUGAAGAUGCUCGUCCCGUACAUUGGACGGUGGCCACAGGCAAUGGGGAUUCUUCUUUUGCCCCACAAUAUUCCCUCCAGCCUGAAGCUCCUUACAGACAUGGUGGAUGACAUAUGGCACUACGCCAGUGACCAGUCUACAGAUGUCAGCUGGUACACACGCAGGGCGGUGCUGGCCGGAAUCUAUAACACCACCGAGCUUGUCAUGAUGCAGGACACCUCACCAGAUUACGAGGACACAUGGAACUUCCUGCACAAUCGUGUCUCUGAGGCCAUGACUAUGGGAGAGUCUGUAAAACAGGUGACUGCUACAGGAGAAGCUGUGAUCCAGGGCUUGAUGGGAGCUGCGGUUACUUUAAAGAAUCUGACGGGACUGAACCAGCGUCGAUGAAGCACUUACCCCUUCCCCUGUCAUGUAUUAAAAGUAUGUACACGGCAGCGAUGUCCUGUGUUUGUGCGGCAAUUCCCUGCUCUCUACCAGCUUUAGAGGCAGGCAGUGACUUUAAAGGGGUUAUCCAGGAAAAAAUGUUUUUAUAUAUAUCUGGCUCCAGAAAGUUAAACAGAUUUGUAAAUUACUUUUUUUAAAAAAAAUCUUAAUCCUUUCAGUACUUAUGAGCUGCUGAAGUUGAGUUGUUCUUUUCUAAGUGCUCUCUGAUGACACCUGUCUUGGGAACUGUCCAGUUUAGAAGUAAAUCCCCAUAGCAAACCUCUUCUACUCUGUGCAGUUCCCGAGACAAGCAGAGAUGUCAGCAGAGAGCACUGUUUCCAGACAGAAAACAACAACUCAACUUCAGCAGCUGAUAAUUAUUGAAAGGAUUAAGAUUUUUUAAUAGAAGUAAUUUACAAAUCUGUAACUUUCUGGAGCCAGUUGAUAAGAAAAAGUUUUUUCCUGGAUAACCCCUUUAAUGUUCACUUCUCACUUCUAUAAAACAAGAAGAUCCUAAUUGAGAGAAGAAAUGAACUAAAUCCUAUCCCUACCACCACCCCAGCAAAAACUUCUUUCUUCCUUAUGAUAUAAAUAAAUAUAAAUGUAUGAAAUGGGUCUCCUCAGGCGUGCCAGUCAUUGUGGAGUAUUAGGUCUUGGCUAAAUUAAAAAAAUAAUUUUU